AAACCCACAACAACUGGUGAAAGUGUUUCAGCUGCUCUAAAGCACUUCCUCCAGAACCUCCUCACCAGUUUGAAAGAAAAAAGUCAGAGAGUGGGAUCAGAGGUACAAGACCUGGCAGAAGACUCAUCACUAAAUAACUGAGAGAGAAACGACAGAACAGGCAACAAAAUGAACUGCAAGCUCCAGAUUGCGACCCUCUUGGCUUUGAUCCUGGUCUGUGCCCACUUCCCUGAAGCAAGCGCCGUCCCGCGAUGCCUCUGCCUGAAUUUCAUUGAGCGCGUGCCGAAGAAAUUUGUGAAAGACUUUUUGAUCAUACCAAAAUCAUCGCACUGCACAAAAACCCAAAUCAUAUUAACGAUAAGCAAAGGAAGUAGAGUAAUGGAAGCGUGCCUGAAUUCCGAAUUAGACCAAGGCAUGGAGCUGAUUACGUGUUGGAACAGGAUCAAUCAUGACAUUGGGAGGAAGGAGGAAUGCAUAAGACCAAGGAGAACUCGCACCCCAAAAUAGAAGAAAAUAUGUCAAAGGGACUGACGUGAAGAGGCCCACAUCAUUGAACGAGUCACCUGCGGAGAUCAACCAUAUGGACCAUUAACCCCUUGUGUGCUGAACUUUGCUUUGCUGCUCACAACAGUGUUGUAAAGUCCCCAAAUUUACCGAAGUUCCAAUAAGUGUCUUUUUCUUUUCAUCGUGAGCAUCAUCGAAAUUUUUAGCCAUUUGUUCGUAUUUGAUUCUCUGUAUUGUAACUUAAUAUUUAAAAGAAAACUAGCUACUGACAUAGAUAUUUAAUUUAAUUUGCCGCCAACCGUAUUGCAGGACACUUUUCGUUGAUGGUAAAUAGUUUUACAAUUCCCCAUUGCUAUAAGUCAGCAGUGUUGUUUUAAUAUUAAUAGGCUGUAAAACUUGAACAAGUGAAUGUCUUCUUACAGUGUCUGGAAUUUUUUUUGAUAUAUACAUUUAAAAACUAUUCGCAAGACACUGUAAGACCAUGUAACACAGCAUUGGUGGCACAUUAGCAUCUAAUAGUAAGGACUUAAAACGUUGACUAUGUGGUUUAUUCAGUAAGAUCUUAACAGAUUGUGUGUGUUCUGGUUUGAACCAAUUCACUGUAGAUCAUUCCAAACUGGGCAGUAUUUAUAAGAAGCGCCUUAAUUGCAUUAUGUCUGAAAAGAACUGUGAUUGGAAACUGUUUCGUUUCUUUUCUUAUUUAAGUAUUUUAUAAUAAAACCGUUCUAUGUUAUUUUAAAUACUUCUUUUAAAACACAAAAGUUUUUUUUGUUGUUCAGAAUCUUCCUUUUGUAAUAAAAAAUUGAAACUGAAUAA